AUGAUUGUGGAGCCGUCAGACGCGGACGCUUCCGUUAAACUUCAGAAGGCAGAGACCGAGUUUGGAAAGUGAGUUUUCUUGAAUUUUUGUGUCUCGAAAAAAAGUGAUCAGAGAAGUCGCAUUGAAAUUAAAAUCUUUCAGCACAGUCAAAUCACUUGACGAACGAAAAACGAAAUGGUUUCCGAUGUGGAUCAUCAUUGGAAUGCAAUUCGUCGGCGGAAUUCAAAUGUCCGUCUACUACAUGUCCAUGUGGCCGUAUCUUUCGGGUUUGGACAAGACGGCCGACAUGGGAUUCCUGGGAUGGGUGGUGGCUGCGUGUAACUUGGGAUGUUGUUUGGUAAGGGCGAUAUCUGAAGAGAACACUCAAAAGACUAGCCAACUUUCAGACGAGUCCCCUAUUCGGAUAUUGGAACCAGAAGACACUUUCCUGCAAAUGGCCCACAAUCGCCGGUUUAUUCGUUGCUGCCGCCGGGCAAGUGAUGUACGCGUUGAUCAGUAAAGUGGAGCAGUACGGGAAGUGGUACAUGCUGGCGGCCCGAGUGAUCACGGGCUUCGGAGUGGGCAACACGGCGGCGAUGAGGGCCUACGCGGCCACUGCCUCCACGCCCGACGAUCGACUCAAGGCCAUCUCGUACGGAAUCGCCUCCAGCGUGCUCGGCAUCUCAUUCGGACCUGUCAUCUCUGUAAGCUUACAGUACGGCACCAUAUAAAGAUGAAGCAAUACUUUCCAGGCAGCGUUCACUCCGCUUGGCGAGAAGGGUUUCGACCUCGGGAUGGUGAACAUCAACAUGUACACAGCAGUCGCCUAUCUCAUGGCCUUUUCCUGUCUCGCUUCCGCAUUCGUCAUGUACAUGUUCUUCACCGAACACUACGCAGGAAUUGUGGAAAAGGAGACGGUCGAUGAGAAAAGUUCGUUUUUAAAUUUUAACGAACCUCUGAGCAAUUGGCAAUUGCAUGCUUCGAAAAAAGUUGCAUUUGAAGAUUUUUAUGUAGAAACUCUGUUCGUAGCAAACAUUUUGAUUGCAGCCAACACGACGACAAUUGUCCCCAAAUACGACAUGAUCCCGGCGCUAAUCUGCAUUUAUCUGAACAUGAUGUGCACAAUGAUGGCCACAAUCAUCGAAGUGUAAGCCUUUUGGUACUUGACAGCAAUCUCUGGAAUUGGGAAUUUGUUCAGAAUGUCCACUCCUCUGACGACUGUCAUGUACGACUGGAAGGACUCGGAAUCGAUCUCCUACAACGGAAUCCUCGAAUUUCUCGCGUGCAUCAUCUCGGUCCUCGUUAACCUUUCGUUCGGAAAGUCUUGGAUUGGCAACUGGUAUGCGACUCGAUGACGUGGCAAGCAAUACUGAAAAGGUUUAGGGACCGACGGCUGCAGAUCAUGUGCGGACUCGGAGUGUUCGCCGCGUUCAACCUGAUCAACUAUCCGUGGUGGUUCUACACGGGACCUCUGAACUUCUUGCCUCCCGGUCAGUUAUACGCCCUUCAUCAUUCUGUAUUUUUAUGUAUUCAGGCGCGAACACGACCGAAAUCGGAGGCUGUCUCCAUUCGUACACGUGGUGCAAAUACACGACCCGCAUCCCUCUCUACCUCUACAUUUUCGCGUUCGUCUUUCUGUUCGGCAUCUCGUUCCCGUUCGUGGAAGCUCCUGCUUCUGCUCUUUACUCUGAAAUUCUGGGUCCCCGGAAGCAGGGCAACAUGCAAGGAUGGUUCAAUGUCGGCGGCAAUAUCACUCCCUUCUUAGCUGCGAUCAUUUGCACGUAAGUUCGUUGAAUCGAUGAAGAAUCUACACGCUUCCGUCGUUGCAGAUAUCUCUUCCAACACGUCGGCUACAAAUACGUAAUUCUCUUCCAAUCCGCCACCCUCUUCACCGCAUUCCUUCUCGUUAUUCUAUUUACAAACGUAUGGUCCCUCUCAAGUUGGAGACGAGGCCUCAUGUGA